AUGUCCUCCAUUGGCAAAUCACCUCGUCUCGUUAAUAGGGUCAAAAGCGAAGUCACUAUUACUGGACGGCGUUCUGAUACGCUGACAUCAACCACCCCGAGCAACUCAAAGAUCCCCGUUUCAAGAACUUCCCUGACGCCACAAACCGCGUCCGAAAGGAAAAAGUUCUUAAAUCGACGGAAGUCUACAAUCGGCGAUGCUGUAUCACACCUUACACGAUCAAGUCCAUCGUCCAAAGUUAGAAACAUUAUCUACGACGGGACAUCCGAAAAAGCGAACGCAUCUUGUGACCCGGAGUUGCAGGGAACGAAGUCAUUGUAUCCAAAAUGUAUCUUUGUAAAUGUUUGCAGGGAGCACGCGAAGAAUCCAUUCCGAUGGAGAGAAUUCUUGAAGCGAUUGUGGAUAUUUGUGGGAAAGUUUGCACAGUUGGUGGUGGUGUGUGCUGUAGCGGUGAUGACAUUCAUUGGUGCUUUGCAUGUGGUGUGUUGGAUGUUAGGUGGAAAAAGCUCGAAAAGAUACAACGAAGGGGUACACGCAGAAGAUGAAAUCAUUAGCGAUAAAGAGGAGGAUGAAAAUGCUGAGGAAGAGAAGAAUCAAGCCCUCAUGGUGCUGAACCCAAAUGGGUUCAGCUUGUCUGAGACCACAUACGGCUUUAGUCUGAUUCAUUUCAUUAUGAUGAUAAUGGGUGGAUUGUUCAACUGGAUCGGUGGCAUACUAAUGCCUGGUGAGGCAUGA